AUGCCUAGAUGCCAAAUCCACGUACCGGGGGAAUCCGCGUUUUUCCGGAAGAUUCCGGAGACAUUCCCGGUCGGAGGGGAAGUGUUUCAGAUCUCCGCCUCCGAUCGGCAACUCGCGGAGCUCGCUCCCAUCGGCAAUAACAAUGACCACGGGUUCUUCGCCCUCGUGGAAAUCGACUCGGAGCGGAUGGGGGUCCUCCUAGCCUCUCCGUUAGAUGACGUCGUGGAUUCCUUGCAACGGAACGGUGUCAUGAAGUUCAAGUUCAUCUGCCAUGGACCCGAUACCGUCGAACCAGUGAGCCUGCUGUUGACGGUGUACGUGGAAGACGUGAAUGACAACGUGCCGACGUUCAUAAACACGCCGUACACGGCGAAGGUGGAGGAGCUGACGCCGCCGGGGAUCGCCAUCCUCAACGGUAUCGUUGCCAUCGACAAUGACAAGUCCAACACACCCAAUUCGGAUGUCAUCUAUACUAUCGUGGAUGGUAACGAACGAGGGAUGUUUCAACUAAAAAGUAGUCAAUCUGCGUCCUUGAUUCUCAACAAACCAUUGGACUACGACGCCGGAGACCGGGAGUUCAACCUUCGAAUCCGCGCCAAGGUAAAGGAAUUUUAG